AAUGCAAAUGUUAAUCUUUCAUGAAUUCUAAUAAUUUUUUUCAAACAUACACAUUCUUAUCUAAUUCAUUGUAAUUGAAAAACAAAAUCUCAAAUUUAAUAUUUGGUUGAUGAUUGAAGAGGGUUCCCAAUUCCCUCCCAUCAUUGUUUUUGUUUUUGUUGUUGUUUGGUUGUGAGCAAAAAUUGCAUGCAUAAUGCUUGUGUUAAGUCUUAUGCGGUUGUUGAAUGUUUACUUUUUAACACAUGCGACCAAACAAUUUUGAUGUCUGCUAAUUCAAACAAAAAUCUGACUUUUUUUAUUUAUAGACCAACCACUCAAUAAAAAAUGAAAAACUCCCACAUGGGUGUGUGUUGUUUAUGAAUUGUAAAUUGAUCUUUAUUCUCUUUUGAGAAAAUUGACAUGAUUAGCCCUCAGGCUGCAAAGGCUGCAAUGGAAUUAGUCUUCCCACCAUGCAGUGGAAUUAGUCUGUUGCCAGCAUUAAUUAGUAGAUUAACUUGAGAGGUGUUAGAGGAUUUCAAGGAUGUCGAUGAAUAGACGUUUGGAAUUCGGGAGGCCUGUCUCAAGUAAAAAAAGAUUGAAGGAUUUAUUGGUUCAAAAAGAUAAUCGUUUUUGCGCUGAUUGUGGUUCUCCGGAUCCUAAAUGGGCGUCAGCCAAUAUUGGGGUUUUUGUAUGCUUAAAAUGCUGUGGUGUGCACAGAAGUCUUGGUACUCAUAUAUCAAGGAUUUUGUCGGUGACAUUGGAUGAAUGGUCUGGUGAUGAAAUAGAUGCAAUGAUGGAAGUUGGAGGAAAUGCUUCUGCAAAUUCGAUUUAUGAGGCUUAUAUUCCAGAAGGAUAUACAAAGCCUGGACCAGAUGCCAGUCACGAGGAACGUGCAAAAUUCAUCAGGUCAAAGUAUGAGAGUCAAGAAUUUUUGAAACAUAGUCUGCGUAUAGUAUCAACAAAAUCAACAAAAUCAACAAAAAGCAGUCGUCAAUCAAGUUUCGCCAAAACGUUAAUGGAUAGCUUUCGAACUACAAGUGGUUCAAAGAAAAUGGAAGGAAUGGUAGAAUUCAUUGGAAUGUUGAAAGUGAAAGUGGUCAAAGGCACAAAUUUAGCAAUCAGAGAUAUGAUGACAAGCGAUCCCUACGUCAUUUUGAAGCUUGGCCAACAGACCGUUCAGACGGCCGUGGUAAAGAGUAAUUUGAAUCCAGUCUGGAACGAAGAACUUAUGUUGUCGGUUCCUGAGCAAUUUGGAUCGAUAAGUUUGAAGGUAUUUGAUCAUGAUAUUUUUUCGGCGGAUGAUAUAAUGGGAGAAGCAGAGAUUGAUCUUCAACCUCUGAUAACAUCUGCAAUCGCAUUUGGAGAUGCUGGAAUGUUUGAUGAUAUGCAAAUAGGAAAGUGGCUGAAAUCAAAUGACAAUGCACUUGUAGAAGAUAGCAUAGUCAAUAUCAUUGAUGGUAAGGUUAAACAAGAUAUGUUAAUCAAGCUUCAGAAUGUGGAAUGUGGAGAAUUAAACUUAGAACUUGAGUGGUUAUCUCUUAAUCAUUAGGUGAAUUCCUGUAUUUAAUCUGUUCAUAUUGAUCUCUUAAAGAAAUAUUUAUGUUUUUUCUACUCGAACACUAGUUUUUUCGAUCAAAUAGAGAGAAUGUUUCGUUUUAAAUUCUAAUAUUCAUGUUGAUUUUCAGAUUUA